AUGCAGGGCGGUGCUGCGGAAGAUCUGGUUCAUCUGAAGCAGGUAGGGCAUGCAAUCGACAUCUGCAACAAGGAGACGCCUAGCAAGCGACAGAAGGAGGAGCUGGUUUCGCCGCCCCUGGAUGUGCUGAGGGUGGAGGACGAGCUCUUCAUCUCGCCCAGUGUCGAUGCCGCCCUGCUGCGAGCGAGAGAACUCUUUGCUUUAUCGGUGGCGCUGCCGAUAGCUUGGCUCCACAUGGACGCAAACGUGGAGAGCAGUCGUGCCCGCAAGCACGAGAGGGUCAAGGAGGGUGCUCAGAGCGUGCAUCGACUUCAGGAAAGCUUUCGUUGCAAGGUGUUGGACCACGUAUUUCCGAUUGCAUCCUUCUUCGCCGAAGAGGAGUUUUACCUGCUCUUGUUGCCACUUCUGUUCUGGUGUGGCGACUAUAGAUUUGCGCGCCAUAUGACAUAUGUGGUCUGCUUUGGUCUCGUCUGGGGCAACCUGCUAAAGGACGUGUUCCGGCUCCCUCGACCGCGGAAUGUCAACUCCAAGGUCUGGGUGCCUUCAAGCGCUUCCCACAUCGACUCCACGGCUUGCCGCAUGAUCCUCGGGCUGGUAGUGGCUCUCGUGGCAUACAACCUCUGUGACGCCUUCGAUGCCUUCAUGUUGGGAACUCCCCAUGUGGGCUUCCUUCUUCUGGCCUUUGCAUCGUCCGUGUUGGUAUUGAAUCCGCAGCCGCGGCCAAUGACGCCGACUUUCCUGCAGAACUGCACUUGUUGCGGCCUCAUUCUCGGCUGUGCUGUCGGCUUUCGCAUGGAGGUAGAGCGCCGUGGUGGAGCAAGCGCAUUCAGCAGUGAGACCUUCGGACAGAGCAGCGCGGCCGCGGCCGUGCUGCGGAUUAUCAUUGGUUAUGCGAUCCUCCUGCUGGCGCGGGUGGUGCUGAAGAGCGGCUUCACGACGCUCUUGCGCCUGAUCGGCUUGGAGCCGAACCCAGCAAAGCCGGUACCGCGCAGUGAGGUGGAAGACUGCAGGCAAGAGAUCAAGGGCUGGGACCUUUUUGCAGCCGCCGUGCUCAAAACGAGCGUGUAUACGAGCAUGGCCUGGACCAUAGUCUGCGGAGCACCUGCUGUUUUCGACAUGAUUGGCAUCCCGUGCGGAAUGACCUGGAUUUGGCAGAGGUUCUGGGACCCGAGCCCGAGCACCUCAGCUGACACAUCCGUCUCUCGCUUCAUCUCGUCUGAAAACGUCGAAGUGCGGUGGGACUGCCAGGACAUCGGGUCCAAGAGCAGUCGCCCCCCGGCGAGAGCUCUGAGCCAGCGAAAACAGAGGCGGAGGCCGAGGCCGAGGCCGGCGAGGCGCCUUCUGCGACUGCGCUUCGUGUUGGCGCUGCGCUGGGCGUGCGGUGACCCAGUAACGGUCUUCCGCAUGCGACAAGGCUCCGAGUGUUUGCUGCGGCUCAGUCCAGAGUUUGCCCACGACCAAAGCCUCUGGAACAAGACCACUCACGUGAACACUAUCCGGCACUUGUGCGCUUUGGUGGUCGGCUGGUGGACGGAACUCUUUGGAGACCGGUGCCCGGCAGGCGGCGGCCGCAGCUUUUGCAAGCGGAAGGAUGAUGUGGGCAUGCCAUCGCCAAGGGACCCAAGGCCCGGGCCCCUCGAGGCCGGCGUCCGCCAGGCGGAUGCGGACAGUCAAAGCAGGCCGUCGCGGGCUUCUGAGCAGCUUCUCUGCUUCGAUGCGGCAAUCUCGUCUUGCAGCCGUUCUAGCCAGUGGCAGCACGCACUUAAGUUGGUCGAGGAUAUGCAGGAGGAUGGUUUGGCACCUGACGCGGGAAUCUGGGACAAGCUGCUAGAUGCCAUGGUGAUGUCGGGCGAGAUGGCAGCAGCCGUGGCACUGCACAGAGAGAAUGCCGUGCUUGGUUUGACUGCUGAGUCCCGAGGACUCGACUUGCAUGGCAAGACCGUCGAGCUCGCAAAGCUCGCCGUGCGCGUGGCUUUGUUGGAUGUGGCGCUGAGCGCUUCCGGCGCUUCCGCUCGCCAUGCGGAGCGAGCGGAGCGCCGCAAGCUGGGUCUCAGAGCCGAUGGGAGCUUGUCGCUGAUUGUAGGUCUUGGGCGCCAGUCCAAAGGCGAGGCGCUCCUUGGCCCAGCUUUGUGGCAAAUGUUAAGUCAAGAGCUCGCAGUUCAAAGCCAUCUCGACCCCCAGAACGAGGGAUGCUUGCUUAUUCCCAGUCAUGAGCUCAAGUCUUUUGCGGGAGGAGUGGCGAGAGUAUCGCAAGAAUCAAAAGGAUUCAUGACGUAA